GGGAGGUAUAGGGAGAGUGUUCCGGGUCUGGCGAUGGGGUCGGACGCGGACAGCGAGCGUGGAGGGAGAGGAAGUGCGUGUUGGCGAAGUUUGUGAAGCCGUUGGCGCGUCGUUUUGAGCGUUGGCAAAUUCGAAUCGAGCGAGAGCGAGAGCAAAACUCGCUCUCUUGGCCGAAACUGUGCGUUCGAGCGAGCAGCGAGCGCGAACCAUGGCGACGAACGGGCCAGAGACGAACAGCUUACCGACAGGAUGUUUCAAAUGCGGAAGACCUGGUCAUUGGUCACGCGACUGUCCAGCGAGGGCCGCAGGCGCGGGUGGCGAUUCUACUAUUCAAGGUGGAUCAGCAGCAAGGGCAGGGGAGAACGGAGCGAUCGGAGGGGCCGAGCGGUUUGUAGCCAAGAGCUCGCAGAAAGCGAAAGGAUCAAAGGCACCGGUAUCCGAGGAAGCCACGGCCAAGGUGCCCCGGAAGAGACCCACGUUGACUGCUGACCUGCUUCUUUCGGACAACGGGCUCGGGUUCUUGUUAGAAAAAAUGCCGCAGAUUGUCAGGAUUCGAGGAGAAGGGCACGAGGUGCACGAUUUGAAAAGUUUGCUGGAGGGCUACGUGCAUUGGCAUUCCCAGCUGCACCCUUAUCUGGGAUUCAGUGACUUCGUGGCAAAAGUAGAGAAGCUGGGAGCGCUUAGACGAGUCCGUAUGUGCGUGAGGGAACUACGAGACAAAAUCACCAGCGGGAGCCCACUGGACGUCAAUAAGGAGGUCGAUCUUGAAAAUAUUCCCAAUGACGCCGCCCCAGGUCUCUCAGUGAGACCUACCACAGGAGAUGCUGGAAUAGAGACCGAAGAUUGGCUGGGCGAUUUUAACGAAGUUGACGAAAUCGACGCUACCACCGAUCCUGGAAUGCCCGUGAACGAGGAUGAGUUCGAAGAUUUCUUCCGGCAGGGUACAACGCAGGUGAACGAUACUCUGCCUUCUGGCAGUGCCCAACCGAAGGGCAGAAGCCCCACAGCUGUUUCUUCUCCCAUGAGAAAGCUUCCAAGUCUUCUAGAUGGAGAUGAUGGGCCAGCCCAAGUAGCAACUACCCCUGUAAACAUCAAUGAAGCUCUCGCAGCGAGGAUGCAGGCCAACAGACAGAAAGCAUUAGAGCGCGCCAAAGCUCGUCGCGCUACAAAUGCCUCGGUUUAGCUCAAGCCUGCUCUUGCAAAUGUAUCUCUGUAAAUCGUGCGGCGCAAAUUCAACGGCGCACAUGAUUUCCAUUGUGAUGCAGUUGCAAUGACUUGUGUAACAUAAAUUGUAACAAUGCUCGAGAAUAUACAUAAAAUUGCUUCACCAGCAAUAAAAUGGUGAUCAAUGGCGUUUGUGGAGGAAAGCUUGACGGGAUUACAGUGUCUGCAUCAGCAGGUGCGAAAAUGGUUCUGGGUUUGGUACAAAUGGAAUUUACAAACUGAAAUCUAUAAGAACUCGUGUUUUAGCAUAGCAGUAGUCUCGAGUUUUCAUUUCGGAUUUUAACUGAGUCCGAAUUAUCUGUGACUGAGCGGCUUGCCAAAGCUACUCUACUGUCCUGCGGAGUUGUAGAUAAUAAUCAGAAUUCGAAAGUCACGAAGGUGCACGAAUGUGGAGCUGCACUCCGCACAAUAAGUUUCUCCAAUUUUAGAAGUGCCCACUACUUAAGUACUCGUUUGUAAGAGCACUUAACUAGUGGGCACACACUCCGGAACCACUGUUCUCGUUUGUAACAGGACAGUGCUUUCUGAAUGUGUGAACAGGUGAAAGUACUCGUAUGUAAGAGUACAGUGGUGUCUGAAUGUGUGAACAUGUGAAAAAGACGAGAAAACAUCUUUUGACGAUCUUGUGUAGGAGAAAGUUAGGCGGAUACAUCGGUGAAGGGCUCUCAGGACAAGUGGCUGCACGAUUUCGUCUCCCGCAACAGGUGGAGCAUUGGGCUGCCCACUACCAUGAAUUUAUGAAAAGAGGGGAAAGGAUAUCAGAGAACUUUGUCAGCAGAAUCAACCAAAAGAAUCUAUCUGCCGAAACGUCCAGCAUACGGGAAGGAUUAACAGCCUCGGAGGAAAACAAACAGACAUGCAGGGAUGCCUGUCGCUGACUCACCAGCAUUCAGGACCGAUCGCCCUUAGUGGCGGUCUCACACGUCAUGGGAACGGCGUGCCUUUAAAUGAGAUUUCGCAUACCGAAUACUCUGCUCUCGGCGGACAUCAUGACGUCGGAUUUCUCAAAGUGCGGGCAACUCUUCAGCUAAACCUGAAAUACCGGAGGCACUGAGUCGCGGAUAACAAGGCUAUUGAACACACUGGAGAAUGUGAGUGAACCGUGGCAGGAAUCUCGAAUCUGAAUUCCAAUAUGACUGUCUAGUACAGUGCCAGGCUUGAAAAAGAUGCCCAAAAGAUAGAGAUGCAUUCUUUACUCUGAUAUAAAUUUUGAUCAUCCUUUUUGCAUCGUAGUAAUGGCAGAUGCAUGGACAGUAUAGAAAUGACGCCUCUGUUUUUUCUGUUUAUUGCAGACACUUGAUACAGCUGAAGAGAGCCUUCUCAAAGCACAUGUAGAUUGCCUUCAGCCAACUUUGAACUAUGUACAAAUACUUUGAAAUUGGCGUCGUGGGAAGUAGAGUUGUUUGUACGCAUAAAUCGCAUGGUGUACACUGUAAACUUGUAGAGGACACCCCAUCCUUGGAACAAUUCGCAUUAGAUUAUCAGCGAAAACUGUCCCAAUAGUUAUCUACAGUGUAGGUGCCUAUCUGCAGUCGUGCCCGAUGAUGUUAGAAACUGUAGGAGGAACGUCAAUAUUGCAUGCAGAAGUGCGGUGUCUUUGCAAGGUACUGUUACUCUCAUAAAAGUACAACUGCCCACUUUGUGAAGUAGAUCUCAGUUACCCCGCACUUGACACGCCACCUUUACAAUUAUAAUAUGCCAGUAGCUUCUGGUCUCUGUUGUACGUUGAAGAAUUCGUGCUGUCCACAGAAGUUUGCGAGGAAGCCAAGACGGGAAAGAUAAUAGCUAUAAUUUUCAAUUCGAACUAAUUUCUGUGCCAGUCGACAGGUGACUGGGAUGCAUGUUUCGAAGGUAAACGUGGUUAGGAGACUCCAGGGCCUCUUAGGGAAAGUCUGGGACAUCUGCUCGAGGAAUGUUUAAUUAAGCGGAAGGUCAUGCUCGCUCAAGCUGUACAGAUGAUGAGCAAUUUCAUCAAGAGACUCGUCCUCAGACAGGUUAUCAAGCAAUUAUCAUUGUUUCCAAGGUCAGAUCAUGCAAAAGGUCUCCGAAAGAAUACGCCGGGGUGUGUCCAGAGACCCCAUUCCGUUAAGGAGGAUGUACUUCUACACAAGCUGAAUCUCAUUCCUCUGCGAAGAGGGGUAAGAAAUUGUGUAGCCACGUCCAAUCAGACAAUGCCAACACGUUGAGUUCCUUCUGCGAACCUGGUGAGGUCGAUUCAAUAACAAAACAGGAACCGAUUCGGGGUCCUUCAGUGCAUAGUUGCCGUACGGUGGGGCUAACGGACACAGGUGACCUUUCGUUCAGUCAGUCGGCAAGCAAUUUCAUGCUCUCCAUCCGAUAUUUUCUGCUGGAUACAAACGAAUGAGUGUCAGGAGGUUCGAUUGAUGGAAACGAUAAUCAAGGCAAACGCGGGACCACACAUUGAAUGAAUAUGCACUUUACCUGGGCAGGAGCACGAACUCAUCCCUCGAGCUCAAAGUGCUUGGAGAAUACCUUCAGACCCAGAACCUUCAGGACCAUCAGAACCCACAGGUUUUAUCAGAAUGGAGAAAACCUUGGACGGCUCACAUGCGCUAUAGCAAGAAGCAAUAUCGUGUGGAUGAGUCCGUCACGGUCGCAGGACGCAGGUCUAAUGUUACUUAAAUGUCAUUUCUUCUGAGUUCAUGAAGAUCUUGAUUUUCGAUAUUUUUCUUUGUAGCUUGUUCCCAGCAGCAUCGCGGUGGACUCCAAAAUGUUGAGCAUUGUCACAGCUUGAGGUGCAAGCUUCGUAAUUUCAGGGAACAGGUUUACUUGUAACGUACCUCGCAUGAUUCCAGCUCAAUCUUCAUGACCAGAAUUUUAAAAGAGGAAGUGACGUUUGUUUCUGGAAAGUGG